UGGCGCUGUUUUCACAGGUGGUGAACUACCUCUAUUUGCUCAAGGACUAUGUUGUAAAAAAAAAAAAUCUUUCAAACUGUUAAUUUUCUGAGACUCAUUGACUUCUCUGGAGAUCUGUUCGGUGUUUGGGGGACCUGCAGGACCGACUCUCCCUGAGGACUGUGUGACCUGCUCGGGUUCGACUGUUUCGGCCAGCUGCUUAGCGGUUUUCUCAUCUCUUGACUGGAGGUUUUACAGCAAACCAAGUUAGCUCAACAGCUAAUCCUAAAAGUCACUUCACCUGUGCGGACUCGAAUUAAAAGUUCCGCCGUAGAGCCGGGAUAGCCGGCUAAAAUUGAACUAUAUGACCGUACAAAACUUUGUCUCGAGUGUUUCUGCGCGGGUUUCGUAUUUUAUCUCGCUUUCACGCAGCCAUUAAAUUUGCGCUGGAGACAGCAGUAAGUGAAACGUAGGUUAGCAGCUUGUUAUCAAUGAUGGUCCAAACCACAGUCGGACACUGGUACGAUGUUUUUCUGAGGGAAAUGCGGUAGAAAGACAACAGCUUAGGUGUUCAGCCCUCUGACUUGGCUGCUCCGUGUUGGCUGCUCGUGAGGCCUGCGGGUCAGGCUUCCACCGGGCUUGAGUAGGAACCGACGCCGCCGUCGGAAGGUCGGAGGCCGGCAGCUGGUGCUGCCAGUGCCGGGCCUGCGGACCAAGCUAUGGAACGAAUGGAAGUGGACCAGUGCGCAGGCGCAGCUGGCGGAGCAGGGGGCGGGGCACUGCGUAGAUCGAACAGCGCCCCCAUGAUCACCAGCGUCAGUGAUGGGAUGACGGUCUUCAGUCCCAUGUGCUCGGCUCGAUACAGACGCAGCAGCGUGUCCAUCAACCCCAGCUGUCCUUCGCAGCUGGUCCCCCUUUCUCCAUUCUCCCUGACCCCAGACAGACUCGACCAGAAGAGACAGUGUUCAAACAGUUCAGACCGACUGCAGAUCAGAGGGUUCAGACUGGGCAGACCUCAGGUCAUCAUGGAGGUUAAUAUCAGUUGUCUGUGUUCACGACAGGAGGAGAAUAUGGAGAUGAUGCUCAGAGGGAGUCUGCAGAAACUAAGUGCUUCCAGUCUGAUCCCAGUUCCCCCAGUCAGCCAGUGGCACGACCACACGUCAGUGUGGUUCCAGUCGCAGGACAGCGGAGUCACACCCAACUCCUCCCCGAGUCCCACCAGGAGGUUCAGGCCAGCAGUCAGUGCCGCUGUGAGAUGGCCUGCAUUAACUCCACUCAAGAGGAAAGGAGGGAUGGAGUCUGACGGACCGCCUAAGAAGCUUUUUGUUGCCGGGGUAACCGAUCCAUCCAACCGCAGCAGCUACACAGUCAGUGUCUCUCAGGCUGCGACAGACUCACCCCCCACAGGAGACGUCGUUCCUCAGUCCAGCCCGCUGUCUCUCUCUCCACCCCCCUCCUUCACUCCCUUCACCUCCCACCAGCACCCUGGACACUAAGACCCGCCUCCUCAUCUGUCACUGUGGGUACAGAGCAACCAGCAGCAGCUACACCUGGACGAACAUCCACCACCAUCACAUAUUAUUUCUGUUGCAAGUCCCACCUCCUCGGACAGAAGAAUCACAAAGACGUCCUGAGAUGUUCUGCUCUCUCAGUGAAGACGGAAGGAGUCGGGGCCUGAAAUGGAACACGGCUCAUUUUUCUGCUUCUUGGAUGGAUGGACUCCAGCUCCAGUCCAGUCUGACCAGUCAGGUGUUGUGGAUCUUCUCUGAUCAGUUCUGCUAAAGAAGUUCUUGAGUUGUCAUCAAGACAAAGUGGCAGGAGACAACAGAAUGUUUCGCUGAUUCCAAUCGUGCCUGACAGAACGUUUGGUUCCACCUUCAGUGAUCCAGCCAACAUCAAGUCUGUGCCAGAAGGUGUAGUUUUUGGCUGAUGGAUCUGUCAUAAUCAACACAGCAAACCCGGGUUACGCACUUCCUGCUCAUCCUGUCAUUUCCAGCAAUUUUUAUUCAUAACGUUGGCUGAAGAUGAUCAGUUGUUAAAUAAAGACAAUCCUGAAUGUCCAGAAAGAACUAAAACACAUGAAGGGACAAACCUUUCACCUCAACUGAACCGAACUGUCGUCGUUGAGCCCAAACCAGAUAAACGCAACUAAUUCAGCCGCUGAACAAAGUUUCAGUCCCUGAAGCCAAAGAUUUUUGUGUUUUAAAGAAAAGGUGGCCUGACUGGAGAGAUUCGACAGACGUCAGUCAGACUUUGGCCACUGGUUUCACUGGUGGAGGCCAGGAUGGGGAACUGGUUCUACAAACUGUUUUAUGGCAGCAGCCGAUUGGUGCUGCAGCAUUUGAUUGUACAGAUCCGGUCUCUUUUAUUUCUCCGUGUUCCACUUGUUUUUCUCUCUGACCCACCUCAUCUUUUCUACUUGACUCGUGCUGUUGUGGUCACCAAUGACCUUCCUUCAAAAAUGUUAUUGCUUCACAGAGCCAGUCGAUCUUAAUGCUCUGACAUUUCUGUCUGACUCGCCUAUAGAUGAGGACCAGCUGACCUGAAACUGGCUUUGAAAUGAUCACAUCAGAAACGCUCUGGUGUGAAGUAAAUCAUGUUGCUGUAAAUCAAAGUCGUCUCCACAUUUGUUGGCUCAGACGUCGUUCAUCCUUCAGAAAUGAGUUUUUAUUUCUGUCUGAAAUGACUGGAAAGGUUCGAAACGAGUGAACAGAACUGACUCAUCCAUGGAAGCGGCUGCUCUUGCAGCGUUGUACAGUUUUGCGUUUUGCCUGAGCGUGUGGUCGUGUCUUGACGGCCGAUUGAAACGGCGGCUGCUCUCCGAUCAGCUGAGCUGUUGCUUCUCUGAAGUUUUCUGUGAACGCGUUCAGAGAAAAACUGUUCCCAGUUUUGCCCGACAGAUGUUCUGUUGUUGUGGCUUUGCACAGUUGAAGUUUGGUCGAACUCGUCAGCAGCUGCAACGUGUUUGAGUUCAUAAUGACAUGCAGUUUGAGGAGGAUUUGAUUGGCUGCAGACACAAAGAGCCACUUUAAGACUUCCUGUUUGUUGCAGCUGCUCAGGAUGAAGACUCAAACCAGCUGCCCAACUUCACAACGUUUUCAGCCAAAAAGAUCUUCAUCCAAACCUUACAGCAGCUGAGACACAAGACAAAGCGUUCUUCGUUAGUGUGCUGUCCUCCUUGUCCUCCUUCGGUCUCUGGGUGCAUUUAGGUGUCCCGUCGUGUCCCAGGUGUGCGUCUCACUACACGAUUCUUCUAUUUAAAUCUGCUUCCAGAGUGAAUGGAGAUUUUCUUCAUCUCGUGUUUGGGUUGUUUUUUGAACCAAUACUCAUGCUGAUGUAGUCACGUGGCCCAGUGUAGCAUGAUGCUAAAUGCUAACAGUUAGCACAUAAUGUUGUUCCAGUGUUACUGCAGUCUCAGAUGUGUGCGGGAAGCUUUACAAUUCAAACUGAAAGUCUGGUUUUCUGUCUUGUAAUCUGUAUUACUGUGACGGUCAUUUUAUAGACUAAACAGCUGAAUUAACUCUUUGUUCAGGGUUUAUCUACAUGUCUAAGCAUGGAGCUCUUCAACAAUAACACGAUUUGUCCACGAUGAUGAAAACCUCCUGUCGAACUGCAGUCGCAGUCUUUUCAUUGAUUUUGGUCUUGGUGCCACUUUGUCUCUGCUGCUUUAUUUUUAUCUUCUCGUUUUUCACAACAUGUGGGUUAGGGUUAGACGAGUUAAAGUUUUCUGGUUAAUGAGUCAGUACAGAAGCGAUAUUACACCGUGAUUUCUCAGCACACAGGAACUGACCCUUCCUGUGACCCAUAGUUCCCCUGCAUCACACUGUUAACCAGACUGAACACUUUUAUUUUAAUGGGAGCCCAGAGAGGACAAGAAGAUGUAGACUUUGACCGAACAUAAUCAAGUUCACAUGGCCACAGGUGACAGGUGGUUGUAUGGGAGAAGAGGCUCAUCAGGACCAGGAGAUGUGCUCAGCAAAAAGGACAACAAAUUGGUCCUUGAUUUAAAAAUGUCUCUGCUGAGAAAAAAGUGAGUAUUUAUUUGAUCAAACAAAAACAAGGAGCAGUUGAGAUCAGGUCUCCAUAAACAGCGUUUUUGUCUUUGACUUCCCAAACUGAAAUCCUUUUUAUCAUGACCUCAGAUCACAAACGUCCUCUCUGUCUAGACUCUUAACAUUUAACUUACAGAAGUAAGUAAGCAAAACAAAAUAAAGCUGUUUUCCCAGCUUCCGGACUUUAUGCUAAGCUAAGCUAACCAGCAUCAUAUCUGAUAGAAAUCAUCUUCUGUUUUUAGCUGUUCUGUGUGGGCUUCAGUUUGAAAACUUUAAGCACUUUAAAUUCAUUCGUUUGUGAAGCCAAAAAACAAAAGCAGGUUUUAGUGUGUUUUCCCUGAGGGGCAGAUUUUAAACGACACGGAAGUGCUGAGAAAUGACGCCGAUCUGCUGGGGUUUACUGGAGACGAUAAAAGGGAACUGAAAGCACAUCUACAGAAACACACAAAUAUUUUCAAACUGUAAAUAGUUUUUCUUUCUUGUCUUUUGGACAGAUUCUCUACAUGAGACAAAUGAGAUGAUGUAUUUUUAUGCAACUGUAAAAUAAAAGUUUAUUCAAGUGUUCAUUCCCUCCUGAUCUCACGGCUGUAAAAAAAGAUGCAGAAUGACUAUUCACUUUUUAGUCCAUCCACAAACUAUAAAUAUUAUAUUGUAUAUGAAAACUAUCAAUAAAAAUUCUGUCAUAGCCUCUUCUGACCGGAAAGUGUUA